AUGUCUUCACGGCUCAACCUGAACCGUGCUGGGCUACUUGCCGUCGGCCUUGCUGCAACCAGCUCUCUUGUCGCCGCCGGACCCUGCGAUAUCUACUCCUCCGGCGGUACACCCUGCAUCGCCGCACACAGCACCACACGCGCCUUGUACAGUUCCUACUCUGGCGCACUCUACCAAGUGAAACGCGGUUCCGAUAACACGACGACAAACAUCUCGCCGCUCUCCGCUGGAGGUGUCGCCAACGCAGCUGCCCAAGACACCUUCUGUGCCCGCACCACCUGCCUCAUCACUAUCAUCUACGACCAGUCCGGCCGCGGCAAUCACCUCAAGCAGGCCCCACCCGGUGGCUUCAAUGGCCCUGAAUCGAAUGGCUACGACAACCUGGCCGGGGCAAUCGGUGCCCCAGUCACGUUGAACGGACAGAAGGCGUACGGUGUCUUUGUUUCGCCCGGCACUGGCUACAGCAAUAACGCGGCUAGCGGCACGGCUGUUAACGAUGAGCCGGAAGGCAUGUAUGCCGUUCUAGAUGGCACCCACUAUAACGGCGCCUGCUGCUUCGACUACGGCAAUGCCGAGGUCAGCAGUACCGAUACAGGCAAUGGCCACAUGGAGGCCAUCUACUUUGGUGACAACACCGUCUGGGGCAGUGGUGCUGGCAGCGGCCCUUGGGUCAUGGCUGAUCUGGAGAACGGCCUGUUCUCUGGACUCAGUGCUAGCAACAACGCUGGCGAUCCGUCGAUCUCCUACCGAUUCCUCACUGCGAUCGUGAAGGGCACGUCAAACUUGUGGGCCAUCCGGGGUGGGAACUCUGCGUCUGGCUCGCUAUCGACGUACUAUAGUGGUGCCCGCCCCAAUGUCUCUGGCUACAACCCGAUGAGCAAAGAAGGUGCCAUCAUUCUCGGAAUUGGCGGUGACAACAGCAACGGUGCCCAGGGCACUUUCUACGAGGGAGUGAUGACCUCCGGCUAUCCAUCUGAUGCCACCGAGAAUUCCGUGCAGGCCAACAUUGUCGCUGCCAAAUAUGCCACCACAUCGCUGACCAGUGGAUCGGCCCUCACUGUUGGAUCCUCGAUCUCGCUGCGGGCCACCACAUCCGGCUAUACGACCCGCUACCUCGCACACACAGGCACAACCGUCAAUACACAGGUCGUCACCUCAUCCAGCGCUACCACACUCAAGCAGCAGGCCAGCUGGACCGUCCGCACUGGUCUUGCCAAUAGCGGCUGCUACUCCUUCGAGUCGGUUGAUACGCCCGGUAGCUACCUGCGACACAACAACUUUGUCCUCCUGCUCAAUGCCAACGACAGCACCAAGCAAUUCAAUGAGGAUGCCACUUUCUGCCCGCAGUCUGGUCUUAAUGGCCAGGGUCUUUCCAUUCGAUCUUGGAACUAUCCCACUCGCUGGUUCCGUCACUAUACCAAUCUCCUUUACAUUGCGAGCAAUGGUGGCGUUCACACGUUUGAUGCUGCGACUUCGUUCAAUGAUGAUGUUAGCUGGAUUGUUAGCACUGGAUUUGCUUGA